CUCUACAUAUUCCUCCUCUCUCUCUCUAUCUCUAUCUCUCCGCUCAGCUUUAGAACGCGCCACAUAUCGCACAUUCCCGUCAGGAAUCCGCCUCGGUGUUCGCCGAAAUCCUACGCUACCUCCCCCCCCCCUCCGGCGCGCGGCACCAGAUUCACACCGUGCCGUGCGGCAGCCGCCUCGCCAGCUGCUGCUGGUCGAGCCACCGCCGGCCGGGCGUGCGUUCGUGCGCGCGCGCGAGCUGCAGCGCAACGUACGGGUGACAUACACGUCGCGGUCGCGCGCCUGAACUGCUGCUUCGUGACCGGUUGAUCGAUCCGUCGGCCGCGGGAGCGCGCGAGGAGGAUACCGUAAGACCAACCGAUCAGCAGCAUGUUCGAGGGGAUGGAGAGGGCGGGUUACGGCGGCGCGGGGGCGAUGGGUGGGGUGGUGCUGUCGCGGGACCCGAAGCCGCGGCUGCGGUGGACGCCCGACCUGCACGAGCGCUUCGUCGAGGCCGUCACCAAGCUCGGCGGGCCCGACAAGGCGACGCCCAAGUCGGUGCUGAGGCUGAUGAGCAUGAAAGGGCUCACCUUGUACCACCUAAAGAGUCAUCUUCAGAAAUACAGGCUGGGAAAACAGAGCAAGAAAGAUACAGGCUUGGAAGCCAGCAGAGGGGCAUUCGCCGCACAGGGCAUCAAUUUCUACACUCCAGAACCUCCUUGCAUUCCGUCUACUGCCAGUAACAAUACGGGGGAAACACCACUUGCGGAUGCGCUAAAGUAUCAAAUUGAAGUCCAAAGGAAACUGCACGAGCAGCUUGAGGUGCAGAAGAAGCUGCAGAUGCGAAUUGAGGCCCAAGGCAAAUAUCUGCAAGCAAUACUAGAGAAAGCCCAGAACAACCUUUCCUACGAUGCAACUGGAGCUGCCAACCUAGAAGCAACCAGGUCGCAGCUUACAGACUUCAACCUCGCUCUUUCAGGUUUCAUGGACAACGCGACACAAGUGUGUGAGCAGAACAAUGGAGAACUGGCGAAAGCCAUAUCUGAGGACAACCUCGGAACAGGCAAUUUAGACUUUAAGCUGUACCACGGAGUUCGGGAUGGCGACGGUGUCAAGUGCACUCUAGAUGAAGGCUUGCUGCUGUUGGAUCUGAAUAUCAGAGGAGGGUAUGGUCACCGGUCUUCAUCGGAUCUGAAGAUAAAUCAGCACAUGAGGUGCAAAACUCAGUUGAAGGGAGACAGUAGUUUAAUUUAAGAGCUCCCCUUGUAUUGUGAGAAAUUCUUUCGGCAAUCCUGAGGAUGCUUGUUUACAGUGUUGAUCUAGAGUAUGCUAAUGUAAAUUUGUGGAAAGAGGCUCCGAAAGUCCGAAUAAGCAUAGCUAGUUUUAUACGA